AUGAGGUUCGACCCCCUCACCAAAUCGAUUCUUGUUGCCCUGCUUCAACAAGCAACGGCCUUGCCGCCGCCGAGUCUGCCCACCGCUGCCGGGCCAUUCACAUACGACAACAGCUCGUUCUUCCUUCAUGGAGAGCCAUUCACCAUCAUCGGGGGACAGAUGGACCCCCAGCGUAUUCCCCCGGAGUACUGGAGAGACAGGCUAGCCAAAGCUAGUGCCAUGGGUCUGAACACCAUAUUUAGCUACGUGUACUGGAACUUGCUAGAACCAGAGCCUGGGGAGUGGCGAAGCAAUGAGCCCUCGAAUGAUAUAGCCAAGUAUUUCGAAAUUGCGCAGGAGGAAGGAUUGUCUGUGGUCUUGCGUCCUGGACCUUACAUUUGUGGCGAGCGAGACUGGGGUGGCUUUCCAGCGUGGCUGAGCACAGUUCCUGGGCUGGCUGUAAGGACUUACAACGAGCCGUAUUUAAACUACUCGACAAGAUACUUGGAGCGUCUAGCCGCCGAUUUGCAGCACCUUCAGGUCACAAAGGGCGGGCCUUUACUAAUGGUGCAGGUCGAGAAUGAGUAUGGAUCUUACGGGUCAAACCAUCAGUACACAGAGGCUCUAAGGGAUAUCCUCCUGAAGAACUAUGAUGUUCCCUUGUAUACCAACGACGGAGGCGUUGAAUUCACUUUGGUUGGAGGGAGUGUUCCUAAUGUGCUCGCAGCGAUCGAUGGCGACCCUCAAGGCGGCUUUGCGGCUCGGGACAAGUAUAUAACAGACCCAUCAAAGCUGGGACCACUCCUCGACGGCGAAUACUAUGCUCUUGCGCCUGAUACUUGGGGCUCGGAAAACCCCCAUAACAUCGCCAAAGACAGCGAUGUUGCGCGAUUUGUGCAAGAUCUGGAUUGGGUACUGGGAGCGAACAAUUCUAUUAGUCUAUACAUGUUCCAUGGGGGCACCAAUUUCGCCCUGGGAAGCGGUUCUAUCUGGAGAAACAAGACCAGUGCCUUCACUACAAGCUACGAUUACGGCUCACCUCUCGACGAGAGUGGACGGACCACGGAUUACUACUUCACAUUAAGAGAUACCAUCAAGAAGUAUUCAAAUCGCAGCCUUCCGGAACCGCCAGCAAAUGUCCCACUUUUGAGUAUUCCCGAAAUCCAGCUGGUGCCUAGGGGUCGGUUAUUAGACACAACAGCCACAAGCACAUCGAGCGACUUUCCAAUUACAAUGGAGGAGCUCGGCCAGGACUACGGCUUCAUACUAUACGAGCACGAAGUUACACAGGUCAUGUCCGGUCUUCUCCAGCCCGGUGACCGCCCCAGGGAUCGAGUGAUUGUCUACGUGAAUGAAGCGCGCAUUGGUGUAAUUGACAGCAUAUACCAGUACCCGAGGAAUAUCACUUUGGAUGUUAAUCCAGGCGACACAGUUUCACUCUUGGUAGAGAACCUUGGGCGAGUGGAUUAUUUCUCGCUUGAAGCCUAUACUUUCGAUGGCCUGACUGAUCCAUACAAGGGCAUCGUGGGAAAUGUGACAAUCGGAAACUCCACACUCAAGAGCUGGACGAUUAAAUCAUUCCCUUUGGGAGAUGUACCGCCAUUGGCUUACAACGCAAACACGUCAGAAGCUGCAGCAUCACCACUGCUCUACACUGGGGCUUUCAAGGUCCCGGACUGCUCCAGCUCGGCAGAACUCGACACUUUUAUUGCAAUCCCUAAUGGUACAAAGGGUACGGUAUGGGUAAAUGGCUUCAGCCUAGGAAGGUAUUGGAUUAUCGGGCCGCAACAGUCACUUUACCUUCCAGGCACUAUUCUCAAGGCUGGGCAGUUCAACGAUAUUGUGGUACUCGAACUUGAGCCAGAUUCAGACCGGCCGAUGUUUGCAGAAGGUGAAGCAGUCCGCACGUGGGGAAACAAUCCUGAUCCAGAUUACAUAUAG